AUGUCCGUCGUCUCGCUACUAGGUGUCAAGGUGCUGAACAACCCGGCCAAAUUUACCGACAAAUACGAGUUUGAGAUCACAUUCGAGUGUUUGGAGGCGCUCGAGAAAGACCUUGAAUGGAAGCUUACUUACGUCGGUUCUGCUACCUCCGAUCAAUAUGACCAGGAGCUUGACUCACUGCUGGUUGGACCGGUCCCUGUCGGUGUGAACAAGUUCUUGUUUGAGGCCGAUGCUCCUAAGACUACACGAAUUCCCGACGCUGAUGUUCUUGGAGUUACUGUGAUUCUCCUAACCUGCGCUUACGAUGGUCGUGAAUUCGUCCGGGUAGGCUACUACGUUAAUAAUGAAUAUGAUUCUGAGGAACUUAACACUGAUCUCCCGGCCAAACCCAUCAUUGAGCGCGUGCGGCGCAACGUGCUUGCUGAGAAGCCCCGUGUCACCCGCUUCGCCAUCAAGUGGGACUCCGAGGCUUCGGCCCCCCCUGAGUUCCCUCCAGAGCAACCCGAGGCAGACCUUGUUGCAGAUGGGGACGAAUACGGUGCCGAGGAGGCCGAGGAAGAAGCUGCUGCCGAAGCCGCCGAAAAGGCUGAACUCCAGCCUGGGGAGGACGCUGAAAUGGCUGGAGUUGAACAGGAGAAUGGGAACGCCGAAGAGAAUAGGCCGGAAGAGGAAGAAAUGUCCGAGGAUGGCAGUGUUGAUAUUGAAGGGGAGAGUGAGGACGAACUCGACGAAGAGGAGGAGGCUGAGGCUGAAGCUGGUGAGGACGAUGCUAUGGAAGUGGACGACGCCGAAAAGCAGACCGACGCCCCAGCUGCCAAGCCCGUCACCGUUUCUUCCUAA